AUUAGCUGUCAUUAAUGGAAAUCUCGCGCCAAAUUUUUUUUUUGUAAACGUUGUUGUCAAACUCAAACGGAUACCGGGUUGCUGUAAUAGUCUCUUAUUUUUAGUUUGUUUAAGUAUUUUAAAAUUUAAUAAACAUAUAAAAUGGAAGACGGUGAUUUUGACCAACGUUUAAGAGAUCUUCAAAGAGAAUAUCUAGAAUUCUUAGACGAUGAAGAGGAUCAAGGCGUGUACACUGAAAAAGUAAAGCAAAUGAUAAGUGAAAAGUGUAAGCGGCUUAAUGUUAAUAUAAACGAUCUGCGAAGAAAAAGUCCCGAAAGAGCUAAGACUAUACUUGAGAACGCUUUUGAAGAACAAAUUGCCUUUCAGAGGGCUUUAAAAGAGUACGUGUCUUCUAUAGACCCUACGUAUGCAAAGGAGCAAGAGGAAUUUUUCGUUGCAUUUUCAGGCAGUUUCGGUACAAAACAUGUUACCCCUAGAAGCUUAACAUCAAGGUACUUAGGAAACCUUAUAUGCGUUGAGGGUAUAGUCACCAGAGUGUCGCUCGUGCGUCCCAAAGUAGUGCGAAGUGUGCAUUACUGUCCUGCCACUAAGAAAGUGAUGGAGCGCAAGUACACUGAUCUUACAUCAUUCGAGGCAUUCCCUACCACUGCUGUUUAUCCUACCAAGGACGAUGACGGUAACCCAUUAGAGACUGAAUAUGGACUAUCAAGAUACAAGGACCAUCAGACGCUCACAGUGCAAGAAAUGCCCGAAAGAGCUCCAGCUGGACAAUUGCCAAGGAGUGUUGAUGUCAUCUGUGAUGAUGAUCUGGUGGACAAAUGCAAGCCUGGAGAUAGAGUCCAGGUUGUGGGGAAUUACAGGUGCUUACCAUCGAAACAGGGAAGCUUUACUGCUGGUACUUUUAGAACCAUCCUAAUAGCAAACAAUAUAACUCAGAUCAACAAAGAUAUGAAUCUGAACAUCACAAUAGAAGAUAUAAAAUUAUGUAAACGCUUGGCAAAGCGUUCAACGAAUGACAUGUUCGAGUUGCUCAGUAAAUCACUAGCACCGUCAAUACACGGUCACGAUUACAUCAAGAAAGCUAUACUUUGCUUACUGCUGGGCGGUAUGGAGAAGAUCCUGCCUAAUGGCACGAGACUUAGAGGUGACAUCAACAUACUUCUCAUUGGAGACCCAUCAGUAGCCAAGUCGCAGUUAUUGCGUUACGUACUGGUGACUGCACCACGAGCUAUAACGACGACAGGUCGAGGCUCAUCUGGUGUGGGUUUGACUGCCGCUGUCACUACAGAUCCAGAAACUGGUGACCGUAGGCUGGAAGCAGGCGCAAUGGUGCUGGCGGACCGCGGCGUGGUGUGCAUCGACGAGUUCGACAAGAUGUCGGACGUGGACCGCACCGCCAUCCACGAGGUCAUGGAGCAGGGCCGCGUCACCAUCGCCAAGGCGGGAGUCCACGCGGCCCUCAACGCCCGGUGCGCCGUGCUGGCGGCCGCCAACCCUGUGUACGGCCGGUAUGAUCAGUACAAAACGCCAAUGGAGAACAUCGGGCUGCAAGACUCUUUACUCUCGCGUUUCGAUCUUCUGUUCGUGAUGCUGGACAUCGCGGACGCGGACCACGACAAUAUGAUAUCUGAACACGUGCUGAGAAUGCAUCGGUAUAGAAAUCCGAAAGAACAAGACGGCGAAGUUCUGCCGAUGGGUUUAUCAGUGGAAAUGCUCUCUACAGAAAAUCCUGACAAUGAAGAUGCUGAGGAUUCAAACGAGUCAAUAUACGAGAAGUACGAUCCACUGCUCCACGGAAACACGCGGAACAAGAAAGACCAAAUUCUAAGUACUAAGUUUAUGAGGAAGUUCAUACACAUUGCUCGACUCAUGAAACCUAAAUUGACUCAAGAGGCUUCAGACACCAUUGCCGACGAGUAUGCCAGGCUUCGAAACCAAGAUAUGAUGGAAAGUGACGUGGCGAGAACACAGCCAGUGACAGCUCGUACUCUAGAGACUCUGAUCCGUCUGUCCACCGCUCAUGCAAAGAGUCGCCUGAGCUUCCAGAUAACUCAACAAGACGCGGAGGCGGCCAUCGAGCUCGUGCACUACGCUUACUUUAAGAAGGUUCUUACAAAAGAGAAACGUCGCAAGCGACGAGCGUCAUCCGGAGGCGAAGAGAACGCGUCCGACAGCGAACAGCCUUCACAGCCGCGCGCUAAGAAAUCUAGGAGAACGGAUGGUUCUCAAGGACAAGACCCAUAUGAGUUUUCAUCAGACGAGGAAGCCGAGCCAGUACUGCGUGCCGCUCAUGCUUCACAACCUGAACCUUCACAAAGGACAACUAGAUCUUCACAGAAGACUAUUGAAGCAAACCGGUUAACUCAAUUCAAAUCAGCCCUCCAGCAACUGUUCCGCGAAGAACGCGCCAACUCUCUUCCCUUAGACCGUAUCACGGCGUAUGUCAACGACAAAUAUUCACACGAAAUCUUCGAAACUGGUGAAAUACAAGCGGCUCUUGACCGAAUGACUCAUGACAACCACGUCAUGAUGGCAGAUGAUAUUGUUUUCCUUAUUUAGUUACUGUUGUGUAGAUGAUAAGUAUACAGUAGUGGCCAUAUGAACUAAAGUGAAAACUUGAUUGAAAUAUAAUUGUUUUGAAUUAUUUGAAUGAUCGUGUUCAAUUUGUGAUUAUUUUUGCAUUAUAAAUGAAAUAAACUUUCACAUAAAAA